AUGGACUGGCCCCUUCCCAUGUGCCAAGCGCAAGCUGAUGUUAUUGGCUUCCAAGUAGUCCAGGAUGUUAUCCGCUUUUAUGCUGACUUGCUCCCGCCCGGGGUAUGCAGCCUCCUAAACCCUUCGACCAUCUAUGCCAACAAUGAAAUCUCGCUGAGCACCAUCGGGGUCUACGGCUUCGACUAUGACUACACCCUGGCGCUGUACUCUCCUGCCCUUCACUCCCAGAUCUACAACACUGCGCGGGACAUUCUUGUGGAGCAGUAUAAGUAUCCAAAGGGCCUCCUGAAGUAUGAAUAUUGGCCAAACUUUGCUAUCCGGGGCUUGCACUACGACAUUGCCAAGGGCUUGCUCAUGAAGAUAGAUGCCUUUCACUACAUCCAGCUGGGCACCGUGUAUCGGGGCUUGAAACCUGUAUCAGAUGAGGAGGUCUUGGAGAUGUAUGACGGCACCCAUCAUAUCCCUUUGCACCAGGCUAGCGGCUUCUAUGGCAAGGGUCCGGCCAUCAAGCAGUUCAUGGACAUUUUCUCCCUGCCGGAAAUGACCCAUAACAUGCUGGCUGUCGCCAUGCAUGACUUCUUCAUCAACAGCGACGUGAUUGAUUACGACUCUAUACAACUGUACAGUAAAAUGACUGAUGCCAUCCGUGAUGUCCACAUUAAAGGUUUCAUGUACAAGUGGAUCAUGCAAGACUUGGGGUGAGAUAUCCAGAAGUAUAUCUUGUGUGGCGACGAGACUUAUGCCGUGCUCCACCGCUUGGCCAACAGCGGCAAGAAACUCUUCCUGAUCACCAACAGUCCGUUCAGCUUUGUGGACAAAGGUAUGAAGUACAUGGUGGGUAAAGACUGGCGGGACUUCUUUGAUGUGGUCAUUGUACAGGCAGACAAACCUCAUUUCUUCAACGAUUGUGUCAAAGAGGCAGUCUGGGGUUUCCUGCUGAGCGAUGUUGUGAAUUGCCCUAUUCAAUCGGAUCUCAUGCUGCGCCACGGCUGGCGCACGGGGGCCAUCGUCCCUGAGCUGGAGACGGAGACGAAAAUGGUGAACACUGAACAGUAUUCACAAGCACUCACCUGGCUGCAGGCCUUAACUGGGUUGUUGGAACGCAUGCAGAUGUACCAGGACGCGGAAUCUCAGCAGGUGCUGCAGGACUGGAUGAAAGAGCGGCAGGAACUCAGGGCUCUCACCAAAAAUCUCUUCAACCCUCAGUUUGGAAGCAUCUUCCGCACGUGCCACAACCCCACGUACUUCUCCCGCCGCCUGUGCCGCUUUUCAGACAUCUACAUGGCCUCUGUCAGCUGCUUGCUGAACUAUGACCUCAACUACACCUUCUACCCAAGACGCACCCCGUUGCAGCACGAGGCGCCCCUCUGGAUGGAUCAGCUGUGCACCGGCUGCAUGAAGACGCCCUUCCUCGAAGAAAUGGCGCAUAUCCGCUAGGGGGCAAGUGGGGGACGUAGGGUCAUGUCUCCUAGGAUGGCCACGAGCUGACUGCCGUUGGGCUAACUUCCAUUGGGAUUCCGUUUUUCCACCAGCAUGUUUUCCACUUGCAGAACAAGAGUGCACGCAAGCAGUCUCUGAAUUGCUGAGGCCCAACAGGUCAUUGCUAAAUUAAAUUAAGCUCCGUGUGUUUCAGAAGCGUCUGGCUGUAUCCAUCCCAGGGUCCUCAACCUUUUGAGCCCGUGUGCGUCUUUGGAAUUCAAAUGCAGUGUGACGGGACCUACCCCAAAAGGUCAGGGAGUGAAGUCAUGCAUAACUCUAAUGCACAACCCUUCAACACUGCAGGCAGAAGUCCAGUUGAACAGAAUGCUUUUGAAAACGAACACAUUGUUUAGAAAUAUUGUCUUGCAAAUAUACUUGUGGCCAGCCAGGGAAGAUCUUUGCGUUGUGUGGCGGCCGUUGCCGCCGAACCAACUUUUUUAAAAAUCUGCACGGCCAGUAAGAUCUCCGGUGGCCAAAUAGAAGUCCUGUUGGGGAAAAGACCUCCUGGCCCCUCCAACUUUCUACCGCACUUGGCAGGUGCCAGGACAGGUGUUGGUGCGUGCCCGGACAUUCCUGGGCACCAGUCGGGGGAGCCCUGUUGUAGUCCAUCAUUCCCGAUGGGCAUCUCGGCAACCGACAGGCACUGCAUCAUUUAGCAGGAAUUUACUAGCGGGCCACAAUCCACCGUCUGCUUUGCCUUGCCCUCACAAUGUUGUUUACUUAAAUCCAUGCGCACAAUGGGAGAGGAUCUAGGCCAGGGGUUGCAGACCCCUGAUCUAGGCCUUUGGCUUGUGCUCGGAGACAUUCCCUCCACACUAGCACGUUCAGCAACUGCUAAAGCAGGGACAGCUUCAGAGGUUUCCCCCCACUUUCCCCUACAAGUUUCUCAUCUUCUUCCUUUGAGACUGCAGAUGCAUAGAUGUUGCUGGACUGUGGGAAAUGUAUGUUGCCCCAUCUUGGUUGGGUGGGUUUGCAACAACAAGGGGUAUGGAGUAGUGUUACAGGGUGGGGGUGGGGGGGGGUAGAGAUCUUGCUUCCUAGUGAAGUGAUAGAAGCAAGAGGUGCUAAGUGGGGUGGGGGAGAUGUUUUCCGCUGAUAACUGGAAUUUUGUAACUUUAAUAAAGAUUUUUGUGAAAGCUC